GCCUCCCUGAAUAGAAGAAAAGGAGUAUCUCAUGACUCAAGCUAUAUUAUGCUAUCGUCCUGUGCUGUUUUGUGGCUGUGGAGGCGACAGCAGGUUGAACGAGAGGAAGGUGGCGGCCCAGACUUGCUCAUACCCAUGCCAGUGUCCUUCACAGACGCCUCAAUGCCCUGCGGGCAUCAGCCUUCUGCUGGAUGGCUGUGGGUGCUGCAAAGUGUGUGCCAGGCAGCUGGACGAGCCGUGUUCCUUGCAGAAACCUUGCGAUCACCAUAAAGGGCUCUACUGUGACUCCCCCGAAAACCAUAGAGACCAUGGCAUCUGCUUAGCUCAUGAAGGGGCCACCUGCGACCUGCUGGGGAGGAUCUAUUCGAAUGGCGAGAGCUUCCAGCCCAACUGCAAACUGCAGUGCACUUGCAUGGAUGGGGCCAUUGGCUGCAUCCCCCUUUGCGCCGACGGGCCGCGGCUGCCUUCCUCUGACUGCCCGUUCCCUCGCCGGGUGAAAGCACAGAACAAGUGUUGCGAAGAGUGGGUCUGCGAAGGGAGCAGCCAGAAGAAGCGCUACGUAAAGGGCAUGUCAGUUUAUAGGAAUAACCCAACUCACAAACCCAAACCCAAGCCGAAAAUUAAUCUCAAGACCAACAGCCUGCAGGACAACUGCUUGGUGCAAACCACCGAAUGGAGUGCCUGCUCGAAGACCUGCGGGAUCGGCAUCUCCACCCGGGUCACCAAUAAUAACUCACGGUGCCGACUGGAGAAGGAGAGCCGGCUGUGCCUGGUCCGCUAUUGCAACGCCCUUCCGGAGAACAGCUUCAAGAAGGGAAGGAAGUGUGCCAAGACCCGAAAGACCCGUCGAGCCAUCCGUUUCGAGUUCACCGGCUGCACCAGCACUCGCUCCUACCGACCCAAGUUCUGCGGCAGCUGCACCGAUGGGCGAUGCUGCACUCCGCGCAUCACCAGCACCACCAACAUAGAAUUCCAGUGUCCAGAAGGGGACUCUUUUGUCUGGAAGAUGAUGGUGAUCAGAUCCUGCUCCUGCCACUAUGAUUGCCCUGCAGACAACGAUAUCUUCCUGGCUGUCUACCGCCGGCGAAUGAUUGGGGAUCACGUUAAGCUAGGGAAGCAGUAGCAUCUCACCAUUAUGCUUCCACUGAAGUCAGCCAUAGUGAUGAAUCGAUCCAAAAAUGUUUAUACUGCUAACAUCUGGGAGAGAAAAAGAUACUGAUGGAAAAAAAAAUCUGAGUUGCAAGAGAAACACAACAUAGACAUGUCCAGCUACUACAGCACCCUCCACACUAUAGUGGCACACAUCUGACAUUUUGUGUUCUAGAAGAGGGACUGAUGCAGUUGAUCUGGCACCAACCUAUAUCUUGUCUCGAGAUACCCAGAUCCAAAUAUUUCUCCAUCUUUGAAGAUGAACUGUCUUAACGGUGUUGACUUUAGGCAGCUCUUACUCUGAUCAUACUAAUACUGGACAUCAGAGACAGCCCCGUUUCAAGCUUCUCAUAGUUGGAUAUAGUUUUGUUGUUUCUAAAAAAAACAAAAUAUAAUGCCAACAAGACCCAAGUGCAAAAAAAGAGAACAUUUAGUGUCAAAUCAUACAAGAAAACAGCUUGGUAAUUAGAAGAAAAUAUUAUGUUUUUUUCUAGGGAUGUAAUUCCUUUAAAGCACCAUGCUGAAGCAAUAGGACUUGCAAAUGAUGUCCAUUAUUUACCCUAAUAACAAAAAAAGUUACUUUGCAACUUGUGGGAGUGAAGAAAACUCAUGCUAUGAUAGACAAAUAUAUUUUACUUCCUAAGAAAGCUUUGUUUCUAACAAUGUGCAAACUUUAUUUUGUAGCUUGACCUUCAGGAUUAACACAGUGAAGAAUGCAAUCUGUCUGCAUGCACUAUCAGCCUAGAAAUUUGCUUUUGACACCAGCACCAAAACAGAACUGAGGAUACAAAAUCCACUUCUCGUUGUCACAUACUUUAUUUGAGUCAGAAACUCAGUUCAGGUGGAACGUCGUUUUGCUAUGGUACUCAUUCUAGAACUGGGAGUUAAAAAUGAAACUCUUGACUAUUUUCUACAAAUUUACCUUCUGCCCUUCCUUGCUGUAGGUUUAGGCCUGUGCUUACCUGGAUCCUGUUCUUCUUCUUAGAGUUAUCACCCACCCAGCUCCUGGAUCUUCUUCCACUGACUUUAGAUGCAAAAUGUUCAAAAAUCAGACAGAGUGGCUAUGAGGCAAUGUGGGUACACUGUGAACACCCCCUCAGCCGCCCCCCCACUUGGAUUCUGAGUCAAAAUGACUCAUCUUUCCUGUCCUGCAAAAGAGUUAGCGGAACUAGAGGCAAAAGUCCAUUUGGAAACCUUGAACUGUAAAGACAUCUGUUGCGUUGGCUGCCUAAGAUAAUCUGACCACACGGAAUCGUCUUGUCUCUCAGUAAAGGUUCCACAUCCCGUAUCUUUGGAAGCUCUACCUUGGACUAUUAUUCUCUGCAAGAGAGAACCUGAUCCCUUUUCCCAUAGUUCAUCCUCCAAGUAUAUUUCGGGUUCUUCUCUAGAGAUCUUCCCCUUCCCGCAGACAUACAUUUAUAAUGUAAAUAUUAUGGAACCAGCUUUAAA